UGUUCCCAGUUACGUUAAUAGUAAUAAAACAAGCCGUUCAGCUAGCUCAGUGCUCCUGGUACUAGUAUACACUUGCAAGGUCUGCUGUGAACUAGAGGAAUAUCAACCGUCAUCAUUUCGAGUUAGUGUAUACGUUGAUCACUCUUACUAGCCAUAACACUAUUGUAGCUGGCACAGGAGAAACGGUAAAAGUUUGAACCAUACAGGUAUUUGUAUCUUCCUAUUCAAUUUUAAUUAAAAAAACCCAUAGAAUUAGUACAUGAACUAAGACAUAGUUCAAGUGACGGUUUAAAAAAAUUGGUCGUUAGGCGUCACAUCAUGGAAACAGCGAACAAGCCAGUAGCAGUGGUGACCGGCAGCAACAAGGGCAUAGGCCUUGCCAUCGUGGAGUCGCUGUGCCGCAAGUUCAGCGGGGACGUCGUCCUGACGGCACGGGACGUGGGCCGCGGCGAGAGUGCGUGCGCCGAGCUACUGCGGCAGAAGGGCCUGAAGCCGGUGUUCCACCAGCUGGACAUCACCGACGACGGCAGCGUGCGCAGGCUUGCCGCGUUCCUGCAGUCGGAGUACGGCGGACUGGACGUCCUGGUCAACAACGCCGGCAUCUACGUGCUCGCGAAGUGCGAGAAGAGCCCGGCCGAAAAGGCGCGGAUCACCAUGGAAACGAACUUCUUUGCCACGCACCGUGUAUGUCAAGUGCUGUUCCCGCUGCUGAGAGCUGGGGCGCGGGUUGUGAACGUUGCAUCCGGUCUGGGUCGCUUGAGCAAGGUGGGCAACGAGAGCUUGCAGGAACAGCUCGUGUCGCCGCAGCUCACUGAAAGCGAUCUGCUAGGUAUGGCCAGGGACUAUGUGGCCGCCGCCGCCAACGAAAGCGGCGACACUGCCCCGUGGCCGGCGGAUUCCGCCUACAGCAUGUCCAAAGUCUUUCUCAUCGGGCUGACGCGCAUCCAGGCACGCGACGUGACUGCCGCGCGGCCCGCGCACAGCAUUCUGAUCAACUCCUGCUGCCCAGGAUUUGUAGACACGGACCUGAACGAGCACAGGGGCAGGCUGACAGUGGAGGAAGGCGCCGAAACGCCCGUCGUGCUGGCGUUGCUGGAUAAGGAAUCACCGUCUGGGCAGUUCUACAAGAACACACAGGUGUGUGAAUGGUGACCGCCACAGCUAGCCAUGAUGUACACCGUACUGGCGGUGAAUUGAAUUUUUAAUUUUUUUACGAGAAUCCACGAACCUCGAGAACAGAAUACUGCAUGAUAGAGGUGACUACAGACGCAACUGUGGUGGUGAAACCGGGAGCAUCUCCACCGACCUGAGAUCUCGGCUUCAGCGACACUUCAGUGCAAAUUACUUCAAGUAUUUAUAGCACUAACAUUCAGA